GUGCACCAGGAGCUCCCGCGUCUUCUCAGGGACACUGUCACUUUCAAGACAGAGGGUCAGUGUCAGCUCAAGGAGAUUGCCCCACUGACCGUCCCAACAGUGUCAGAACAGUUGAAGGGAAACUUUCGUGAGCAGUGGCGGCCGGAGAAUUGCCAGCGCUCUGUUGAGAGCGCUGGCAUGUACGAGGCGGGGGGCUCCUUAUUCUGGUUAGAGCCCAUUGUCAGUCUUGGCGGCUGGUCAAGCGACGAGGCCAUGCUCGAGGAACCCUCGUGGUGGGAUGUCUUUGAAGCGCACAGUGUCAUGUGUCCGGAGGUCAGUGUCAAGGAGCGCUUGUACUUCGGGGACCCCUUUCUGGCCUUCACGUCAGUGUCACCCGACGGCGUUCGCUUUCCCGCCAACCUCAGGGUCAUGAGGGGCUUGGUCCUGUUGCACGCCUGGUAUGUCGCCAUGCUGAAGGCCAUCCAGUCUCGCAAUCUGGAGCGCAUCGAGGCCCUGACUGUCAUGGCACUGACCGUCAGUGUCCGCGUGUACCAUGACCCGAAGGAGAAGUCAGUGUCGUUCUUCGUGCUCAAGUCGCUGCAGAACUCUGAGAAGUCCAAACUCACCAGUUUUCAGCUGUGGGCGAAGAAGCUGUCUUUCCUGCUGAAGGAGAUCCCGCAGUCCACACAGCCGAAGCUUCUGGCUCUCUUGCAGCAGAAAGGCCUGAAGUACAAUGGGUCCAAUAUCAACAAGACCAUGUUGCAAGCAGCGACAUCGCUCACCGGCGUCUUGAGUGACAGAGCUAACGAGCUCCUCGUCAGUGUCCAGCGGGAGUACGGGAAGGACGUCUGGAGCGGCGGCUACAACAAGAUCUCCAGAGUCAUUCAGCUCGUGACCAAGCAGGUCACACUGUGGAAUCUGCCCCAGGACAGCGAGGUCAAUGUCCAGUUUGUCUUCGAGUUCGUCAUCGAGUACAGCCUCAUGACCCUUCGGCGUGGAAAUGCCAGUGCCAAGUUCUUCAAUUCGACCAACAUCGAAAAUGGGGAGAACGGUGGCUGGACGGCUGCCACGUGCGUGAAAGCGUUUCUGGCUCACCACCUCCUGCGACUUGCCACGUCCGCAGCCGAGAAAGAAGCCGAGAUGAUGAAGGAGGCCGCAGAAAACGACAAGGAUCAGUGUCACAAUAGCAAGGACAUCCCGCUGCCGAAGAAGGACACCAAGGAGGCGUUGGAAAAGGUGUGGUGCCCGCUGAAGUACCACUACCACAAUCCGAAGGCGGUCAAGACUCAGGCUGAGGAAGAGGGGCUAGGGUCACAGGAGGCCGAGGAGGACGUGGAUGACGAGGAGAUGGACUAUCUGAAGGAGGUGACUGGCCAUUUGCCGAAGUCCGGCAAGUUGGCCGUCGAGCUUGUGCGGGACCUCUUCGAGGCGGAGCACGAGGCCAGUGUCAAGAAGCUCGUCAUGGAGGUUGACCCGGCGAAAUGUUUGAUGGAAUGCCAGGAGAGCAAGAACGAGUUGGCUAAGUCCUUUAAGGCCAGCGUCAUGGGAAUGAUGAGCGGCAUGACUUCAGUCUCAUCGGGUGCCCCGCCAGUGUCAUUGCGGACGCUCGUGCGGAGAGCGUCCAAUCCGGACGAGGAGGACAGCCGCAAGGAGCAGGAGCGGCAGAAGAUCUGGUCACAAGCGCAGGCUUUGCGUAAGAAAAAAUGCCAACUGGCUCUCUGGGCGGCCAAAUCAACUGACAGUCUUCGUGGCUUGCUCGACAAGAUGACAGGUGUGGCCCAGUUCGAGAAGGGCGCCAUCAAUCAGUGUCACCGACUUUGGGUGAUCAGUGCGGACCUCGCCCACGAGGCCCCAGGAAGCUGGAAUCGCGCUCCGACGCUGAAUCAUGAGACUUUGAAAAAUGUGUUCGAGUGUCUCGCAAAGUUCCCUAUGAAGGAGUUCGAUAUGCUCGUGGCCUUCGAUGGAUGCGUGCCGGAGAAUAAGGCGACACUCCGUGCUGGCAUGGAGGACGACGGCAAGUUGCUUGAAUUCAUCAUUUUGUUCAACGACCGGCCCCGUCAGUGUCGCCAACGCAAGAUCUUUUGCGGGUCGUCGAGGGUUGAAAGUGGCACGAUGAAAUUGUGGACGCCCAGGGUGAGGAUCAGUGUGACUGAGAGGUCGGACGACUUCGUGCCACCCUCAACUUCAGACACGAAGGCCAAGAAGAAGCCUAGGAAGCAGACGACCCACGACUUGAACAGUGUCGGAGUCCCGCCUGCCACUGGAAGACCUCUCAUCAGUGGCGUUGACAAGGCCAAAAUCUUUGAGUCGUGCAACGAGCCCGACGGAUUCAGAGGCUCUGCUUGCCCCAUCUUCUGGGCAGAGACAAAGCCAGUGUCAUACUGGCAGACACUGCUGGGCUCCUUGCAGGUUGGGCAGGUGAUGGAUUUCACGCCGGGAAGCGGCUCACUCGCCGAAGCUUGCCUCCUGGAAGAUGUGCCGUGUGCCGGCAUCCUCCGGGACCAGAUCCACUACAGCUGGCUGGUCAAUGUCUUGGACCGUCAGUGUCUGAAACUCCUCGCAGACAGAGCCUUGGCCCGCAAGCCAUGGUCAUGUGCACACCCUUAA